AUGGCACUCGUAAAUGCUCGGGUACAUGUUCCACACGCACACGGUACACUACACGCUGUGGACUAUGGAGCAGAUGUACACGUUACAGGUUACAGAUGGGUCAAUAGUGGAUAUUGCAGUAAACCAUGUGGUACUGGUUCUCAGAAACAGAUGAUGUCCGUAUCUUCGUGCAGUUCUGGUCGACCAUCAUCUUGUAGUGUCCAAUACCGAAAUAUUCCCUGUAACACGCAUCAUUGUGCAGUAAAUGGAGGAUGGACGGCGUACGGCUCGUGGGUCAACUCUGGUGGAUGUUCAGUUAGUUGUGGUAACGGAGUGCAGAAACAAACAAGAACAAGAAGUUGUACCCGUCCCAGACCGGCUUAUGGCGGAUCACAUUGUUCUGGACCUAGUAGAGAACAACGAAAUGUAGGGUGUUCUAGAUCUCCUUGUCCAGUUAAUGGGGGAUGGUCUGGUUACAGCACAUGGAGAAACUCUGGAGGCUGUUCGGUGACUUGUGGCAGUGGUCAACAGAAACAGAUUAAAACAAGGUCAUGUACAAAUCCUAGUCCUGCUUAUGGUGGUGCAAGAUGUUCUGGGCGGGAUACAGAGCAGCGAUAUGUAAUGUGUACAAAAGUAGCAUGUCCAGUUAACGGAGGUUGGAGUGGAUUUAGUUCCUGGAGAAAUUCUGGUAGCUGCUCUGUUACUUGUGGGGAUGGUAUUCAAAAACAGACAAAAUCCAGAUCAUGUACCAAUCCCAGACCAAAUUAUGGUGGACGACAGUGUUCUGGAUCAUCUACAGAAGAACGCAAUGUUGAAUGUACUAAAUCGCCAUGUCCGGUAAAUGGUGGCUGGUCGGCGUUCGGUUCAUGGAUGAAUAACAGCGACUGUUCAGUAACAUGUGCUUCAGGAAUCCUGCAGCAAAUACGACAUCGUCAAUGUACAAACCCUCGGCCAGCAUAUGGUGGAGAACCCUGUCCUGACAUGGCGGAGGAAAGAAGAAAUGUACCCUGUGAAAUGCCACAUUGUCCAGUAAAUGGAGGUUGGAGUGACUAUAGUUCCUGGGGAUCAGUUGGUCAGUGUUCUGUAUCAUGUGGUGAUGGUCAAUUACUACAACAGAGAAGAAGAACUUGUAGCAGUCCGUCACCAGCGUAUGGUGGAGAGCAAUGUAUUGGUGAUCAGAUGGAAUCAAAACAGAUUGAAUGUAAUCUACGACCAUGUCCAAUAAAUGGCGGCUGGGGCGAAUACAGCAAAUGGUCUUCAGGUGAUUGUACAGCAUCGUGUGGUGAAGGAGUACAAACUAAAUCAAGAUCCAGAGAAUGUAAUAACCCCGAACCACAGUAUGGUGGUGAAGAUUGUAUUGGAGAUUCUGUUGACACAGAAGAAGUCACCUGUUCCUUUGAUCCGUGUCCAGUAAAUGGAGGUUGGAGUGGUUGGUCGGACUGGGAGGUUCAAGGAAAAUGCAGCAAGACAUGUGAAACUGGUGAAAUAAUUUACACUAAAGCUAGAAUCUGUAAUAGUCCUAAACCAAGAUACGGAGGUGCAAAGUGUCAAGGAAAAUCAUUGCAGAGGAAAGUAGAAUUUUGUAAUCCACAACCUUGCCCAGUGGACGGUGGUUGGGGUGAAUGGCAAGAAUGGAGAAAAGUAGGAAAGUGUUCGAAAGCUUGUGGUGAAGGGGAAAUAAGAGAAAUAAGACUAAGAGACUGUAACAACCCAACACCGAAGUUUGGUGGAGAGAUGUGUUAUGGGGACUCGUCGGAGAACAGGACUGUUGAAUGUUUUAAUCGACAUUGUGCUGUUGACGGAGGUUGGUCAAUUUGGACUGAUUGGGAAGCUAAUGGAUUAUGUUCAGCCACAUGUGGAGCAGGUCAACUGCCUGAAAAAAGAACUCGGCUGUGUAAUGAUCCUAAACCACAACAUGGUGGUAUGGAGUGUUUUGGCAAUGAUUUAGAAAAGAGAGUCGGAAAAUGCUUUGAGAAAGAAUGUCCAGGGUUGUGUGAUGUUGAUGGUUUCAUGUUCCAAUAUGAAGAGGAUUUUACCAAAUAUUUCAAAUGUCACAAAGGUUUAGCUACACUGACCAAAUGCCCUGCAAAUCAAAAAUGGGACGACAACAAGAAAUCGUGCGUUAAGAUAUGCCCUUUCUUCUCCUCUGACAAGUACGAUUACCCGAACGAUUGUAGCAGAUUUGUUCAGUGUAUGUGGGGAUUCCCAAUAAUAUCCAGAUGCCCUACUGGUACUGCUUGGAGUACCACUGCUAAACAUUGCCUCCACGAAGACCAUGUUGAAUGUAACGUGUCUUAG